AUGGAUCGCAUAGCCCUGGCAAUGGAGCAAAUGGUUGAGUUCAUGAUGGCUCAGCAAGCCCAGAACCAAAAUCAAGGACAACCCCGGGUUGAUUUUGCUAAAGCCGUAGCAAGUAGACAACCGCCGUAUUAUGCGGGAGAAAAAGAUCUAGUAAUCUUGGAAGAGUGGAUCCGAACGUUUGAUAAGUUGCUUAAUGCAGUAAAUUGUCCUGCGGAUCAGCGAGUACCCUCCGCAGUUUAUUACCUGACAAAAGCCGCAGACAACUGGUGGGCAACAGUUAGACCCGACCUCCUGCAAGACCCAGGCUUUGGCUGGGAGGAAUUCAAAGUAGAACUAAGAGGACAAUUCUACACUGAGCGAAUCAAAGGAAUCAAGUGCAAGGAAUUCCUACGACUGAAGCAAAAAGGAGCAACCGUCCAAGACUACCAUGACAAGUACGUGGAACUGAUGAUGUUUGCUCAAGAGAUCGUGCCCGACGAGGCGAGUAAGGCAAGGAGGUUUGUUCGUGGAUUGGACUGGGAGGUGAGAGGGGCGAUUGCACCAUUCCUGUGCUCUAUUCUUAAGGAGGCGUACGAUAGGGCAUCAGAUCAUUAUCAAGUAUACUUAGACCAACAAGAAGUCUACGGCAGAAACAAAAGGAAAGCUUAUGAUAACCAAAGAAAAUUCAGGUUGGAAAAUAAGAAAUCUAACCAGGGUGAAUCUAACCCAAAGCAAGGAGAAAAGAGGGGAGGAACAAAUCAGGGGAAACAUUCUGUUUGCUGGAAAUGUGGAAAGGAUCAUCCCGGAGUAAAUUGUCAAGGAAUGAAGAUUAAGUGCUACAAGUGUGGUCUCACAGGACACAAGUACUAUGAGUGUCGAACCAAGGUAGAAAAUUUCUGGAACCACUCACAAAAUACAAGUCCAAGAGGAGGAUUUAAUGGGAGCACCGGCCAGAAACCCGCAGAAGCAAGAAAUAAGGGAGUUAACUUUCAACCAGUAAAUCGGGGGAGGCCAGCAAACGCCUCUUCCGGUCCCAACCACAAAGGAAAUUCACCUAUGGGAAAAGCAACACGGAGAACCAAGGCAAGAUUUACGUCGUCAAUAGCACUCAAGCUCAGAUUGAAGUUAAGACCUACUAUUAGAUUAGAUUUAAACGUAAAAGUUGCCUCGGGAAUAGUAGUAGCCUGUAAGGAUGGUUAUGACAAUGUUUCAAUAGAAAUAGCUGGAUUUAACUAUCCCAGAGACCUCAUUCGUUUUGAUCUAGAGGGCAUUGAUGUGGUACUUGGGAUGGAUUGCUUGGAUAGGCAUAAAGCUCAGAUAGUGUGUAAUGAGCGAAAGAUUGUCCUACGAGGACCAAAGGGGAAGAGAAUAUCAUAUCGAGGAAUUGAAAAACCACCCGAACCAAAGUUAAUGACAAUGCAGGAAUUGAGGAAGUAUGCUCGCAAGGGAUGUGAGGUAUAUCUCUGUUUGGUGCAAGAUGCUGAGAUAGGAGAACCUGAGAUUAACCGAAUCCCAGUUGUGUGUGAAUUUCCUGACGUGUUUCCAGAUGACCUCACGGAAAUACCGCCGAAGAGGGAAGUGGAAUUUACUAUCAAUCUCGUACUAGGAACCUCACCUGUAACCCCUCAUCUAUUCCGAUAA